GAAAACAACAGACAAUAAUUCGUACUAAUUAUGGCCUAUAAUCAACAGGAAAAAUCGACUCAGGAUACAAAUACUAACAGCCAGCAGGCAGGUAACGAAGCCAGAUGCAACCUCAACCAACUGUCCACCAUAAAACUCCUCCAACUAAACGCCCAAAAAAGCAAGGCAGCCUGCUCACUCCUGAUAAAGACUGCAAGUGAUAUUGAGAGCGAUAUUAUUACUAUUCAGGAACCGUAUACUAUAGACAACAAAAUUGUUAGGUUUGGUAAGUGGCAGGUCCUUACGGGCCAAACUAAAAACAGACCGAAGUGUGGAAUAAUAGUCUGCAACCCAAACUUGGAUAUUGCUCUCAUCCCACAACUCUGCACAGAAAGAAUAUGUGUUGCAAUCAUGCAACAAUCUAGGCCCAUCUACAUAAUAAGCGCCUACUUCUCUCCAGAUGAUAACGAUGAGGGUUGUGUGAACGAACUGACAAAAGCCAUCAAGAAAAUAAAUAGUAAUCACAUCAUAAUAUCGGGUGACCUUAACGCCAAAUCAGCGAUAUGGUAUCAUAAACAUGAGGAUAGAAGGGGAAGGCUGGUCGCAGACUUAAUGGACGGCCAUGACUUAGUAUCAACGAACAUGACAACACACCCGACAUUCCAUACACUGCACGCAGAAGGAUGGACAGAUGUUUGCAUCGUAUCCAACGACCUCAGUCAACGGAUCACCAACUGCGAGACACUACUAAUACCCUCGGCCAGCGAUCAUCGGUACAUAGCCACACAUAUAUCGGAUAUUGCCACCCCCCUCAAUUCAAAUAGCUACCUAGUCAAAAGGACAAACUGGGAACUGUUCCGGGAGCUCUUUGGGCAACAGUGGAGGAAAUUCAACUUCAUCCCGGUAAACACCCAGGAAGAUCUGGACAACUACGUUAAUAACAUCACAAGCGCAAUUCAAUUCGCNGUCAUGCGCAUUCGUGCGCUGAUGUUGAUAUUUAUAGAUCGUUGUUUAUGA